ACAGGGCCCAACUUAGGAACUCAAACUAUCUUCUGAUCAUAACCAUUUGAUUUGAUAAAACUAACAUUAUGAGUUUAUAUGUCCCCGAAUUAAUAAACACACUAUAUGAACAUUGACCUUAAUGCGGCCGUGGCUUUACGAUUCAUGUUUCCCGCGAUAAGCUCGCCACUGAAGGUCACUAAUGUCAAUCUCGAUCCAAGAGCCCUGAACACAGGUUCGCGACUUAGCUGCCCGUGAUACCCUUUAGAGGGAAUUUGUGGAGGUUAUGUGAGUGCCUUGCAAAAAAUCAAAUAUGGAACGAAUUCUUCGGGGUAUCAUGCGAUAUCGUGUUUUGGAUCGCGCAAGCAUGGUCAAACAAUUUCAAGAAGUAAAAGAUAACCCAACGCCAAAAGCAGUCUUCUACACCUGCAUGGACAGUCGAAUGAUUCCAACAAGAUUUACUGAAACUAGUGUCGGCGAUAUGUUCGUUGUUCGAAAUGCUGGAAACGUGAUACCUCAUUCUCAACACUUUGCGGAUGAAAUGACCAGUUGUGAACCAGCAGCUCUAGAAUUAGGUUGUAUUAUUAAUGAUAUAAGACACAUAAUCGUAUGUGGACACAGUGAUUGUAAAGCAAUGAACCUUUUGUAUAAAUUGAAGAGUAAAGAAGAAUCAAGCAUAGAACAAAGGCGAAUAUCUCCACUAAAAUCAUGGCUAUGCACACACGGAGAAUCUAGUCUUCAAAAAUUCCUUGACAUGAACAAUGACUUCGAAAAACCAAUGAUUUUUAGUGCAGAGACCCCGCAAAGAAAGUUUGUCGCGUACAUUGACCCGGAUAAUAAAUUUUGCAUAGAAGACAAAUUAUCACAGGUUAACACGUUGCAGCAGCUUCAAAACGUAGCAUCUUACGGGAUGCUAAAAAAACGACUGGAAAAACACGAUCUUCACAUUCAUGCUUUGUGGUUUGAUAUCUACACCGGUGACAUAUAUUAUUUCAGCAGACGUUUUAAACGGUUUGUUAUAAUAGACGAAUCGUCGUACGAAGUUAUACUGGCAGAAGUACGCCGUUAUUAUUCAUAGAUCAACCCCUGUACUUUUUUGUUUAAUUCAAUCCUACUAAUGUUAUAAAUGCGAAAUCUUAUGACUAUGUAUAUGUGUGACCGAUUGUUAUGAAAUAUGGCACACGGCUAGAAUGGAAUAUAACCUGGAAUAACACAUAGGGUACUUUGUGUCCCGAAAUUCCCACUGGAGCGAAGCUCGGGGCGCAGCUAGUUAUUUAUGUAAAUAGCUAGAUGAUGCGUUUAUGCAUUGUUAUAAAUAGGCAGAAAGCUAAUUUAAAAGUCAUACUUACAUACCUACCUACAAACUGAUCGCUUAUCCUAUUAAUUUUAUAAAUGCGAAUGUUUGUGAGGAUAUGUGUACCUAUGUAUGUUUCUCUUUCACGCAAAAUCUACUGGAACGAUUGUUAUGAAAUUUGUUAGGUACACGGGUAGAGUAAACCGCUGGAAUAAUACAUAUUACAGGGUAUUUUUAUUCCGAAAUUCCAUCGGGAGCGAAGCCCCGUGACGUAGCAAAAUAUUCACAUUAUUAUUCAGAAAAUAUGCGAUUAAGAAAUGCGAAAGUGUGUUUGUUUUGUUAUGAAUAGACAUAGAAUAACUAUAUUAUUUCGUCAAACACAAUCGUUUUAUCGAUAGAAAACCAUAAUUUAUUUAAUAAAACAGAAUAUAGCUACUCAUCGCUAUCUUAUGAAUGUGAAUGAUUUAAUUAAUCUAGAAUUUAUAAAUAAUCCUAGAUUUUGCAGAACUCUAUUUUAUUUAUAGUUUUCUUCAUUGAUCUCGUCACAAAAGAAGUCCAGUCCGGCAAUAUGCGGAACUAUAAAACCCUAAGAUAAAAACAGAUCACGUCGCUUUUGUCACCGACUGUAGCGCCGCCGCUCUUUGAGCGGCGCGAGCUCUACCUUUUAUAUUUGUCUUUGAAACAUUGGUUGUACACAAUCUAUGGUUGUAUAGCAAUUUUUGUAGCUGAUUGAGAUUUGAUUACCCUGGGGCAAAAUAUGUAUAAAUGAAAGUUUUGUACUUUUUUAAAUAGGUAGUUAUAAUUAUUUAUAUUAAAAAUUUUUUGAAGA